AUGAAGGCAGUGUGGGGCCAGCGUAUCAGAGAACGGCGAAGAGCACAUCGGCAACGGAGGGCGCAGACAAGGCUGUCGAGCGCUCGCCAACGGUUGCAGUGUACGUCGUCCUCGGCUAUGGCUUGUCAGACGGGCAUAAGAGCCAAUGAAGCGCUGCGGAAUGCAUUCAACCUUGGAAAACAAGCAAAACUGCGUUUGAUAAAAGUCGUAGUGAGGAGUGAGGAACUUACACCCAAUUACGAAUAUGCCGGCACCAGUAACUGGCGGGACGACUGGCGUGCGACACUCCCUGAGUGUGUCGAUGCAUUCGAACCAUGCUUCAUUCUCUUUCGGCUCAACACCAUCACUGAAUGGAUUUUGAUAACGUUUGCUGAUGAUCGUGCACCUGUCAAAGAGAAAAUGUUGCUUGCAGCUACUCGCGCUACAUUCAAAAGCGAGUUUGGUCCUUGUUAUGUUGAGUACGAAAAACAUGUAACAGACAGAAAGGAAUUAUCAUUGGAAUCUUUCGAAAACUGGCUCAAAACAAAAUCGGAAUUAGGACCUAUGAGUGAAGUAGAAAGAGAGUUGCACAAUGCACAACAAGAGCGCGCCGCGGUGGCUCACGCAGGACCACAACACAUGAAGGGAGUGACUUUUCCUCUCGACCGAAAUGCUGAAGAUGCAGUUCGGAAGUUAGCCCAAGGCUCGCUCGCUCUCGUUCAAUUAUCCGUAGAUACUUUAAACGAAGCGAUAAAGUUAGAAGCAACAGAGGAGAAAUUACCAGCAAGUCAGCUAGCAACUAAAAUUCCUCGUGACAAACCCCGAUAUACCUUCUAUCGAUUGGAUCACAGUAAUAAUGGCCACCCGCAGUCUUCCACAUUUUUUAUAUAUUCAUUGCCGUCAUCUGGUAGCUCAAUCAAAGAGCGGAUGCUGUACUCGAGCUGUAAAUCCCCGUUUCUCGAAACGGCGACCAAGCAUUUAGGAAUAGAGAUCAGUAAGAAGAUGGAAGUCGACUCUAAGGACGACCUUUCCGAAAAAGCUUUAAUGGAAGCGCUCUAUCCAGCUCCGCAAGAAAGCCCCAAGCUCUUUGCCCGACCAGCUCUACCACGAGGAGCGGGUGCUCGCAGAAUCACAAAAGUCACUACUGGAAUAGCUGAGUCAGUCGGGGCGCUCAAACCUAAGCAAUGGUCUUCGAAGACCCAUGACAUGAUGGCUAAAACUACUAAGAGAAAAAAGGAGGAGCUAGAACUGCUAGCGCCUCAACUUCACCAAACUCUUCAAACAAGCCUAAUGGAAGUGAAUGCAGGAACUACACGUCGUAGCGCUCUUGCAUCGGAAACCUGUGUCAUCCAGCCAACUUCUCAUGUCUUACGCGCCUAUCGACCAUUGCCCACAUCUUUUCGAUGCGAUCCCGAGGGAACGGCGCGAAGUCAAUACAAAGCCGUAUCAAACCUCUCGGACACACUUCAACCGUUCUCAAAAUGUGGUUCCAAUCUGUCAGAAUACGGAGCUUUUGGCGUUUUUGGACUUCUUCACGCAUGCAAUGUGUAUUUAGUGCGUGAUGCUCUGCAGCAGCGCGCACUGAAUAUAAAAUCGCGAAAUUAUAUCUAUGCGAAUGCGUUAAGAAGAUUUAAGGACAAAUCCGAAGUAUUUUCUUGCGGUUGUUUAUGCUUGGUAACAGCUGCGAUCUGGUCUGUACGCCACCUGCGAUGA